GCGUGCUAGAGCAGUUCGUGCAGCUGUGGUGGCCACUGCGGAUGGCGCAGUUCUGCCUUGUCCGCCGAGCGAGCAUGUCAUUGUUUACGUAUUCGCUCCGCUGCAGCGUCGCAAGUGUUGGGGAGUUUAUUGCUUCAGUGGUGUUUGUGCCUUCGUGUGUGUGACAUCGUCGUUGUCUCGUUUCGUCCUUCGAUCAGUGUGUGUGUAUGUGACAGUGGACUAGUCCGCUUCUGUUUGCUUGUCAUGGCGUCCAAGAGCGUUCCACGGAAAGGGCGGAGCAGCGCGAUGCGAGCGGUGCUGCUGGCGGCCUUGGCUGUGGGCGCGCUGCCCUUCGCUGUGGCCGGCAUCCUCGACUGGGCCCGCGCCGAUCGCCUGCAGACGCUCGUCAACAUCCCCUGGCUGCCAUUUGAAAAUGAAACCCGCUGUUAUGAUGAACUUGGAUGUCUAAAUGUAACACGUGAAUGGUACCAUCUCAUAUAUCGACCUUUCAAUGUAUUUCCACUUCCUCGCUCUGUCAUUGGCACUCGCUUCAUUUUAUACACUCGCAAGAAUCCUACAGAGGGACAAGUUUUGAGGGUUCAAAAUGACUACACAAUACGCAAGUCAAAUUUUGAUCCAAAGAAACCUACAAAAAUGAUAAUUCAUGGAUUUAUUGAUACACCACUUAGUAACUGGGUUAAAGAGAUGAGACGGGAACUUAUAAAGCAUAGUGACUGGAAUGUCAUUGUUGUAGACUGGGCUGGUGGUUCUUUACCACUUUACACACAAGCAACUGCAAAUACAAGACUAGUUGGCCUGGAACUAGCUUAUUUUGUCAACUACUUGGAGGCAAACUUUGGCCUUGAUCCUGGAGAUGUGCAUAUGAUUGGACACAGCUUGGGUGCACACACAGCUGGUUAUGCAGGAGAGAGGAUUAAUGGCCUAGGUCGCAUCACUGGCCUUGACCCUGCAGAGCCUUAUUUCCAGGGAUUGCCUACAUUUGUACGCCUUGAUCCAAGUGAUGCAAAAUUUGUUGAUGUUAUACACACUGAUGGAAAAUCUAUAUUCUUGUUAGGCUACGGCAUGAGCCAACCAUGUGGCCAUAUUGAUUUCUACCCAAAUAAUGGAAAGGAGCAACCUGGCUGUGACCUUACAGAAACUCCUUUGCCCCUUACACUAAUUAAGGAAGGUCUGGAGGAAGCAAGCCGGGUAUUAGUUGCCUGUAAUCACAUACGAGCGAUAAAACUCUUCACAGAUUCUAUCAAUGGUGAAUGUCCAUAUAUUGCCCACAGGUGUGACUCAUACCAAAAGUUUUUACAGGGGCAGUGUUUCUCAUGCCAUGACAAUUCAAGCAGCUGUGCCAUAAUGGGCCUUCGAGCUGAUGAGCAGUUACCAAAUGCAGUUAUUUCACCAGGAAGCAAAUACUUUGUCACCACUGGAAAGGAGUACCCAUACUGUCAUCGUCAUUACAAGGUAACAGUGGAACUGGCUCAACCUCAACAUGCAGAAUCUUGGGUUCAAGGUUUUAUGCGGAUCUCAUUACACAGUGACACUAAUGUAAUUAAAAAUUUGGACCUCACACCAAGUGGCUAUGUGAAAUUACAACAUGGGCAGUCCCGAACUUUUGUUGUAACACAUCCAAUGGAUGUUGGACCCAUUCGCAAAGUGGAGUUUUACUGGCAGUAUGAUAUGGAUGUCCUGCAGCCACGAUCUCUCUGUUUCUUUUGGUGUAAUGAUCAUCUAUAUGUGUCAAAAAUAGAGGUUGCAGAAGUGGAUAUCAAUAACAGGAACAAACGGGAAUUGGAAGUGACGAGUGAACUGUGCACACCAGACAACAGGGACUAUGCUGACAUAGCAUCACGCUCAACAGCCAUUUUCUAUGACAAUUGUAAUCAUCCCAGUUGAGAUCCAGACUGGCUGUGUCUGUGUAAUACUACCUCCAUGCAGAACACAGCCACCAUUACCUGUUUAUACACAUAUAUUUUGUAUCUGAAUCCCUUACAUGCACUCACUGUCAUGUAUAUGAUUUUGCCAUCGUCCUUGGAAUGAAAAAGUAAGAGCUGUAUAAAUUGUAGCAGUGUUUGUUGUUUACUAUUGUUUUCUGUAAUGUUAUAUGAAUGUUGAUUGUAAACACUGGACUGAUAUCACAGUUUUAGAAUGAAUGGUAUAUGUGCUUAUAUUGUACCUUGCUGAAAAACAUCAGUAGUAUACAAAUAUGGCCUACCAUCACUGUAGACAUGUAAAAUAUAUGGUUUAGAUCUGCUGAAACAUUAUCAGUACUGCAGAGUUCAUUGUCCAGCCAAGUUUUAUUUAGGAAAUGUCGUGAAAGUUCAGUAGUUUUUAUCUGCAGGGUGCUGCAGUACUUUUCACUUUGCUUUGUAAAAACUGUAAAAAAUUACAGGGUGAAAUGCAUCUGUAGAGUCCAGUUGCCAUCAGGAUACUGUGUAAUUUUUGUAUUGAUUUUGUUGCCUGUGAAGAAAUAUUAUUGUGUUUAUUUGAAAGUGGCACAAUACCUGACUAACUUUUGUGUGUUUACUGUUUUUUGUAGCUAAUUUCUACCACUUCAGUAUUUACAGUAAUGUAAACGAGAGUUUAACAGGGCUGCUAAUGUUGGUGUGUUAGUUAGAGAUGAAAAUCAACUGUAUUUCAUGUAUUUAAGUAUGCUAUAGUACAAAACAUUGUAGUUACCAUAUCAUUGCCAUUUUUAGCCAGUAAAUACUCUUCAUGUGAUUUAUUAAUCAAAUUGAUAUUGAAUCAGUCAUGAUGAUCAUUUCCUUACACACAUUUUACUAAAGAAAGAGAUACAGAUUCAGUGAUGUUUUCACUGUGACUGAACUGUGUUACUAUUAACAAUGUGCAGUUCUGAACACUGCAAUGAUUUUGUAGUUGUUAAAAAUAGCUUUACAGUAUUGUAUUGAUGAAGCAUGUGUAUUUUAUUCUUGGUAACAGAUUUGUUACCAUUUUGUGUUAUUUUAUUGUUUUGUUGAAAUAUGUACUGAAAUUGUUAUUUUUUAAUUUAAAUUUUAAAUAGUUUAAUUUUAUACUCAGUCACAUCAUAAAUGAUGUAAGGCCUGUGAUUUUUAUCCUGUUGUUGAACAAUAUAUGAUAAACUAAUUGUGAUAUUGUGUGAUGAAUAUACAUAUAUUCAGUCAUAAUCUAUGUCUCUUGAACUACUUAUAUCUCCUCCAGUCACUGCUCAAUACGUUUUAUAUUUCCUGUUUUCUUCAUGUGGUUUUCAGACCAUGGCAUCAUUUAUCUAAUAAUUAGCAUAUUAGACUAAUUUGGUCACAAUUACAAGUACAGAAAGUAACUGAAAAUACCUUUGCUGUGUAUGUAUGGUUUGCCUAAUACUGCCCCAUCAGCUGGUGAAAAUUUUGAUGACUAGGUUAGUUUGCAUUAGCUACACGUAUGAAUGACAGGUGUUGGCACCUGCUCAGAUUUGUGGGAAACUAAUUAUGGAAUAAUAGUUCUCACCAUUAAAUUGUUCUCAAUUGUUGAUAAAUGAGAUAUCUGGUAGGAAGCUGAUAUUAUGACACUGAAUCCAUGCCUGUGCAUUUCAUUUGUUACCUCUCUGUCCUAAUACAAUGUGUGUUUUGAUACUUUUUUUAUAGAAUUUCCCACAUUUUCAUAUAUUCUGUUUGGAAGUAAUUGUUUAUAUAUCCCUUUAUGUAUAUAAACUGAAGCGGCAACUGUAAAUGUGUACCACUGCUGGGAAUUGAAUCCAGGUCUCCUAGAUGCAGCUUUUCACUCACCACUUCAGUCUGUAUAUAUAAAAUCAUAUCUGUAGGAGACCAGUAAAAUCUCCGAAACGGUGUCAUUUCCUUUCUAUAUCUACAUCUACAUCUACGUCUACAUCUACAUGAUUACUCUGCAAUUCACAUUUAACCAGAAUUUCUUCGGAUUUUCUACCAAAUUUCGAGACAAUGUUUCGUUGUGGAACCUAUUAAAGGUAUCUCGCAUUGAAGUCUGUACCAAAUUUCGCGUGUCUGUAAAUUUUAGCCAAUCUUCAAGAUUUCGCGUUCUUCUGAGCUUCGCAUGCUUUUUCUGUUGCCUCUGCAACAGCGUUCAGUGUGCUCUUUGAAAUACCCAUAUCAUUGAAUCUCUCUCUCUCUCUCUCUCUCUCUCUCUCUCUCUCUCUCUCUCUCUCUCUCUCUCAUAUUUCGUUACAUAUCCUCACUACUUCUAUUUGGUCCUUGUCCUGCCCUCUCAUAAAUGACUGGUAUGCAAUCCACAGGCAUAACUCGGUCUCCUCUUGAAUACGUAUAUCAGUGGUAGCUCUUUGUAGAUUUCUUUUCAUACAUUUCUGUGUUUAUGGUUACUCUCAGAACCUUCUGUAUGUAAUAUGUCACCUUCCUUAAAUGAUUUACCACAAAUAAUAUUUUUAUUCUCAGACCUUAUAGUCACUGCAAAUUCCUGCAUAUGCCAUAGUUUUUGUUGUUUCUGAUAGACAAUACAUAUUGAUCUUCUGGAAAUUACAUCCUCAUCGCCAAUAUUUGGUAGUUGUAGUUAUAUAAAAUUUACUAUACAAACACUGGAAGAUGCAACUGUGUCAAAAGUUCUGUAAAAUAGUUUGCCUUAUGAUCUUUUAUGUUAAGGCAACACUUUAAUAUGAGCUUAAUGUUGAAGUCUUUUGAAAACAUGAGAGUUUCUUUUCCGUUUUAUCUCAUUAGAUUUCCUCAAUUGGAGCAGUGCAAGAUUCAUGUUACCACUGUCACAAGUUUGUUUUGAGAUUUUUAUGUUUGCUGCAUUACACAGAGAUAAGUAGCUUUUCAACAAAUAAGUUUAUUGUAGUCAACAAUCACAUAAAUAUUUCUGUGGUGGGACCAAAUUGGACUCUAUAAUCAUUUUCAAUAGAUUGUGGGAUAAGCCUUUGCCAAAGGUGCUGUUAAAAUGUGUCAAGCAUUUUCACACACACGAGGCUCCUACCUGUCUGCUGGCAGCAGCCUUGCUCAUAUGAUUAAACAUUCACCAACCAGUAUAGACUUCUGGGUUCUGUAUCAAUUAAUUAUUCUUCAGGUUUUUCAUAUGUUCAAGAAGAUAUGAAAUUUGAUUGUAUCUUCAUUAGCAGUGAGAUACUUUAUUGAAUGCCUUUUGGAAAUGUAUUUAGACAUAUUCUAUCCACCUGCUUGAGCCUAUUAUGUGUAAGACAUUGUGUGUGAAAAAGAGCAUUUUACAAGUGAUAUGUUCUCAACCCUUGUUGAUACUCUGAGAGUAGCUUCUUUUCCCAAGGAACGUAAGGAUGUUUGAGCUUAAAAUGUGCCCUAGGACCUUGCGACAUACAAAUUUUAUAAAUGUUAUCCCGUAGAUCUGUGUGUUAGUUCUCUUAACCUUUUAUAAAUGUGAGUUGUCAGUGGUCAAUUCAGUCAUAUGGAACUUUUAGCUGCAGUUCUGGUCACAGUAGGUUCUCAAUAAAUGUGGGCAAGGAAAGGGGACAAACCCAUGCAUAUUCACUAUAAAAAAAUAAUAAAAAUUCUGUCUAGACCCAUAUUAUUUGACAGUAUUCCUUGGUUUGUCAAGGUCUUGUAAAAUUUGAAGAAGAUAUAUUUAGAGUGCUCUAUAACUGUUUAUUUUAUAGCUUGCUUGUCUCUAUCAGAUAGUCCAGCAUGAGAAUGUGCCAAGAGAAAAAGGGAACACUGCUUGUAAACUUAUCCAGUUUAUGUUAAAAGUAUUAACUGAUGAUUUAUGUGUGUGUAAUAUGCAACAAGUCACUUUUCUGAAUUUUAGUAUGGUUUAUUUUCUAUACUGGUAACUAAUUUUCAUGCCAUUAUAGGCUAAUAAUUGGAUGGAUGUGUUACGGGAAUAUUAUCUGGACCAUGUGCAGCUCGAUGCGAUUCUUGUUGUGAAUUUGUGAAUAUUGUCUCAUGGAUUUGAUGACAAAUUCACUCUCAUAAUGAGCAUUUUGCAGGUUGCACCACCCCCCCCCCCCCCCCCACCACCACCACCACCACCACCACCACCACCACCACCACCACCACCACACACACAGGUUUGUGAAACCAACUGCAGCUAGCUACUGUUUAUGCCCAAAAUGUACACUAUGAAAGUGAAUUUCUAAUGGACACUGUUGUUAGGCAGUAUACUCACUACAGCCAUAGCUUCUGGCUCCAAGUAGUCCAGAUAAUGUCCCUCUAACACCUCUAUCUUAUGAUGAGUCUGCAUUGUGCUGAAAACUAGUAAAUGGUACAAAAAAUAAAAAUAUCAAAAUUCAAAAAUGCAGUUGGUUACACCAACAUAAAUCACCAUUUUAAAAUCACAUUUGCAGCUCACCCACACAGUGGACAUAGAGAAAAUUAUUAAUAUUUUGUUGAUGAUAAUAGAAAUUACUUGUAACAGAAUACUCAUAGUAUGGUGCAUGUCUACCUGUACAAUGCUAAUUCAUAACACAGUAUGUAGGCUUUUGAGGUAAAAUGUAGUUUGACUUCUGGUCAGUAAAAUGUAUUUUGACUUCUGGUGAGGCAUUGCUGUCCCACAAUUUUGUUAUUUAUCCCAUCUUAUUUACUGUAUGACUUAGUUGCAUCAACAAUGCUUGUUUAGGUGUGAUUCACUAAAACAAAUUGUUUGCAUUGUGUUCUGUGUUCUAAAGUCUUAAAAUAUGAUCAUGAUAUGAAAUACAGACACUUCAUCUGUAGACACAUUGAAUAAGAUAAAAUAAUUUAGUGUAAUUUUUAUCACAGGAUUCUCACAGAGCAAAAGCAUACAAAGGCAUACCACUGUCUAAGACCAUUUCAUGUGUACCUAAUUUCUGAAGAUAUUCAGGGAAAUGCCAUGAACUACCAUGUUUCCCCUUAUGAUCUGCCAUAAAAUGGUGAUAUAAAAUUAUAAUGACAGUUUUCAGUGUGUUCUCUUGAAAUAUCCAUAUCAUUGAAUCUCUCUCUCUCUCUCUCUCUCUCUCUCUCUCUCUCUCUCUCUCUCUCUCUCUCUCUCUCUCUGUUUUUUUUAAAGCAUCUCCUUUGGCAAGUUGUGUGACCAAUGCUAUAAGGAAGGGUCUAACUGAUACCUUGUGUAAAAUCUGUUCCAUCUGUAAAAACAUAAUUUUUUACAAUAAAUUUUUGUCCUAUAUGUGCC